AUGAAUGAAAAUUGUCGAAAUAUUAGUGUUGGAAUGAUCGGAAAGCGCAUAAUGGAUAAAUGGUCAGGCAACAGUGAUGAUUAUGAAACAAAAAGUCAGCAAUUUAUAUCAAUCCAGAAGGAACCAAUGGGAUUUCUGCGACGAACAUUCAGUUUUCAGGUUGGAAAAACAAACGAUCUAUUUAAGCUGGAUUCUGAAACCUGUGCAAUGAUCAAACUUCGAUACAAAGAUACUUCAAAACAUGUUAUUUGGCCGAAUUGCGCGUUACCUGAGGAGUACAAUCGGAGUCGUUUGACUUUAAAUUCGAUUCAUUCUAAGCGUGCAACCAUUCGCUACAAUCAUGCCGGUAAUCAUCAAGCGACAAUUUUAAGACUUGAAAAUGAUAGAGCUUCUAAGAAAGAUUUGGCGAUCGGUCCAUUUAGUUCACCAAAAACUUUUCCAAGAACUAAAAAGCAAAAGUUUUCUCAGCAUCAAAAACAACAACUAUUUUACACUGUUUAUCCUGCUCGAACUUUGCUACCAACAAGUUUGGCAAGGAUUAAAGAAGAAAAGCGAACCAUGUUGAUGGAUCGAAGAAGCAAAACCAAUGAAGUGAUAGUGGAUAUUGAGGAUGAUCGGACACCAAUUCCAAAGCGGGCAAUCAAUUCGGUGAGACGUUCCGAAUCUAGUGAUGAAAAUGAAUCGAUUGUUAACUUGGCAGCGCCACGAGUAGAAGAUGAAUCCGGUUUUUGUGAGAGUUAUGUUGUCGAUGAUGACAAUGAGCCUGAUUUGCUGAUUUGGAGGUUGUAA